GUAAAAUCAUGGAAAACAAAUAAUAUUUUUAUAGGUGUUUCACAUGUAUUUGUAUAAUUAAGUCUAGUUUGAAAAAAAAGUUGUUCUCAUGUACGAGUUUCCCGCCGAUAAAAAGUUUACAGGAAAAAGGAGCUAUUUCGGAAAAACGGAGUUUGGUCUCCCAAUCUUCCCCUGACGCCAGGCGCAUAUAUAUAUAUAUAUAUAGUAUUAGUAUACGUAUAUAGGGGGACACUCGCGCGUUUCCAAGCACGCGUGCAACUGGCGGCAAGGCGCCAUAUCCGAUUAUCAACCAAACAAGUUGUCACGCUUUCUGCGUAGUGUAAAAUAUUCCAACAUGAAGAUCGAGGAAGUCAAGAGCACUGCAAAAACUCAGCGAAUUUCCGUGCACACUCACAUAAAAGGUCUGGGACUUGACGAGAACGGCAUGGCUAUACAAUUCGCCGCCGGCCUCGUCGGUCAGGAAAAGGCCAGAGAGGCUGCAGGAAUCGUCGUUGACAUGAUCAGAACAAAGAAGAUGUCUGGCCGAGCAAUAUUGUUUGCUGGACCUCCAGGGACAGGAAAAACUGCUAUAGCUUUAGCUAUAGCUCAGGAACUAGGCAACAAGGUGCCGUUCUGUCCCAUGGUUGGUUCAGAGGUGUACAGUUCUGAAAUAAAAAAGACGGAGGUGCUGAUGGAAAAUUUUCGCAGAGCAAUUGGUCUCAGAAUCAAAGAAACGAAAGAGGUGUAUGAAGGAGAGGUCACAGAAUUGUCACCUGUGGAAACAGAAAAUCCAAUGGGAGGCUACGGCAAAACAGUUUCACAUGUUGUAAUUGGCCUAAAGACUGCAAAGGGGACCAAGCAGCUGAAACUGGACCCUUUGAUCUAUGAAUCCCUUCAGAAAGAAAAAGUUGAAGUUGGCGAUGUCAUUUACAUCGAAGCAAACAGUGGAGCUGUAAAGAGGCAAGGCAGGAGCGACAACUAUGCUACAGAGUUUGACUUGGAAGCUGAAGAGUAUGUGCCUCUGCCCAAAGGUGAUGUUCACAAGAAGAAGGAGGUAAUCCAGGAUGUCACAUUGCAUGACUUGGAUGUGGCUAAUGCUAAACCUCAGGGAGGGCAAGACAUUAUGUCCAUGAUGGGUCAACUAAUGAAGCCAAAGAAAACUGAAAUUACAGAUAAGUUAAGGAAGGAAAUCAACAAAGUAGUAAAUAAAUACAUAGAUCAGGGUAUAGCCGAGUUGGUCCCAGGUGUCCUAUUCAUCGAUGAAGUCCAUAUGCUCGACAUCGAGACCUUCACCUACCUCCACCGCGCUCUGGAAACUGCCAUCGCUCCUAUCGUUAUCUUCGCGACCAACAGAGGAAAAUGCGUGAUCCGUGGCACGCAGGAUAUCGUCUCGUCUCAUGGUAUACCUCUGGAUCUUCUCGACAGGCUGCUCAUCAUCAAGACACUUCCAUACUCCAGGCCCGAAAUCGAGCAAAUUAUCAAACUGAGGGCGACCACAGAAGGUUUACAAUUGGAGGACGAGGCUCUCACGCUGCUCAGCGAGUUGGGAACACAAACGACGCUCAGAUAUGUCGUGCAGCUGCUGACACCGGCUUCGCUUACAGGCAAAAUCAACGGAAGAACGAGUAUACUGAAGGAGGACAUCGAGGAAGUGAAGAGCCUGUUCCUCGAUGCUAAAUCUUCGGCGAAGAUUCUGUCGCAACAAAAGGACAGAUUUAUGGAAUAGUAGUUGUUCGAUUAAGUAACUUUUAAGAGUUAAGUUAAGAAAUGAAAUUUUAUAAUAAAAGCGUUUGAAAAAUCUGCUGCACGAGUUUCGUAUGACUGUAAGAUCUACGUCCUAGCAUAUAUAUUUUUCUCAAGUAAGUUCAAUCCAGACUCGUAGAAAUGUAAGUCUUGAAGAAUAACAUUCCUUUUCUGAACAUACAA